AUGGCAUCUACCGGUACCUUUAUACCAGCAUCAAGUCUUUUAACAGGCGAGCUAAGUCCUAGUAGCAGCCAAGGCAGCAGUAAUGAAGCCCAUGCAGCACCAAUUUUGGCAUCUCGCUUUGCCCAGCGACGUUUACGUGUCGUGACGGAACCCAAACACAGUAAUAAGAUGCAUCAUACGCGAACGUUAUCGGAACUUAUUCUCUUGUCACCUCAAAGUAGCUCACGUAUUACACCACGCCAUAAGCGCUUUGAUAUGGAUAUUGAAGUAUCGAGCUUUUUUGCAGCAGGAGAAGGUCUUGUAGACCUUAUGGGCAGUAGCAGGAGCUUUCGUCAAUUAAAUGAACGUCAUUCGACGGGGUUUUCCUCCUUCUUUGGGGAAGAUAUUUCAAGCACCAGUGGGUUAUAUCCGAAUCCGGAGACACACAACCAGCAUGAUGAAAUGGAUACGGAAGAAGACGGACCAGAGCCAGAGGUUGAACCUCCAAUUGAGCCAGUAGAAGUGCAGCAUAAUGUAGGAGAAGUCGUUGAUAUGCUGUUUGAAAUCCACUCGGCGCUUAAGAGCAGACAUUUGGGACAACGUACUGCAGCAUCUGCAUUGGCUGCUAGUAAUUUGGUGAGCACAUUAGCGUACCCGACUUUGGAGCCAAUUACGAGAGAUGAACAAUUGGAAGUGCUGGAGAAUACACGUAAGAUGCUGGAGUGUGCCAUAUGUCAGGAGGUUUUUACGAAUGCAACGGAAGCUACGUGCUGUGGACAGAUCUUUUGUAAAGACUGUAUUGAGCGUUGGGUGAGUGAGAGAGGCUCGUGUCCUAUGUGCCGAGAAGCCAUUGGUUUUUCACUUUUGGCGGCGUCACGACAUGCGCAGCGGAUGGCAAACGAGAUGGAGGUGAGCUGUCCAUACUGCUCUGAGAACAUGAAGAAGGCUAGCCUCGUAGACCAUGUGAGCGCAUGCGACCAGGCUCCUGUGGAGCCCCCACCGCCGGCAGAUGUGGCGCUGCGUCAGCUUCUUAUUCGCACUGCAAGACUUAAUAGCGCCUGCUUGGCACGGUUUUUGAUGGCAUCGUCGCCCCCGCAAGCUUUGAUGAUGCAGUGCUAUAUCCGCACACGCGGGGGAGGCAACUACGAACUGUACACACAGGACACGGACACACUGCUGUGCACAGCAGUACGUCGACGGCAGUACGAUAUGUCGGUAAGCUUUAUCAUCUCGUUAGCGACGAAUGUGUACUCGGCAUCCGAACAGAUGGAUGCGGUUGGUGCUUAUCCGGUGAACGCAGCGGUGCCUGUGGCAAGACUAGACAAGAACUACAUGGGCUCUCAGUACACAAUGUACGAUACGACUGGUGAAGUUCCACUUGAAUUGGGCGCCGUGCAGUAUGCAGCCACGUUCGGCAAGUCACCGCGUCAGAUGCGUGUUGUGCUGCCACUUGUGGGAGUUAUUCCUGGCGUUGACAGCGCUGUAGAUGGCGCUCCGUCGUGGGCGGUGCAGCCGUGGAGACCCGAGACCAAGGAGGACACGAUUCUUUCACAGGUGGAAAAUCCGGAUACUUCUCGCGCCUUGCACCUGAUUAACAAACCGCCUGUGUGGAUCGAGUCGCUCGAGGCCUACUGUCUAGAUUUUGGUGGUCGUGUAGCUGCUGCCUCUGUCAAGAACUUCCUGCUCUCACACCCUGACGACAUGGACACAACACUCAUGCUUUUUGGCCGUACUCAAGACCGUCAAGUUUAUUCGAUGGACUAUGCCCACCCAUUCACUCCAGUGCAAGCUUUCGCGAUUGCUCUGAGCAGCAUGGAUUCACAUCUCGUGACCUUUGAUUAG